AUGCAUUAUUUUGUUUUCGUUCUUCUCAGCGUUAUAGUUUCCGUAAAAUCUGAAACAUGCAACGGCAUCGCACAAUAUGAUCAAUGCUCAGCAAAUAACGGUUGCGGCUGUUUUCAUAUGUCAAAUACUAUGAACGAUACUGGUAUUUGUGGCUUUCUUUGGGUAACUUGUUCUAGACUUCAAACAUGUGAUUCUUCCAAUAAUACAUGUCAACAGCCUGAUACGAUCUGUGUCCGACAUCCUCAAUGUCACGAUUAUCCAAUUUGUUAUCCGGUAACAAUGACUGAUGAACGAAUCUGUCCACCGAUAAUAAAAAAUUGGAAUAACACUAGUAAUAUGAAUAAUCCACGACAUCAUCAUACCACAUCUGUCCUGUCAGAUGGACAUGUAUUAGUUACUGGUGGGGAUACGAUUGGUGCUUUAGAUAGUGCUGAAUUAUAUGAUCCAUCGACAGAAACUUGGACAAUUACUGGGAAAAUGAAUGUUGCACGAAGUCAACAUACAGCAUCCAUAUUAAUAGAUGGAAAAGUGUUAGUUACUGGCGGAUAUAAUGGUAAUCGUCUAGCUAGUGCUGAAUUAUAUGAUUUAUCAACAAAAACUUGGUUAGCCGUUGGUAAUAUGAUUUAUGCACGAUCUGAUCAUAUCGCAUCUACAUUAACAAAUGGAAAAGUACUAGUUUCUGGUGGAUAUGGCACUACUUAUAUAAAUAGCUCUGAAUUAUAUGAUCCAUCAAGUGAGACUUGGACAAUUACUGGUGAGAUGAAGUAUUCACGAGAUCAUCAUACAGUAUCUUUAUUACCAAAUGGAAAAAUAUUGGUUACUGGUGGACGUAUUGAUUUUAGUACAGCUCUAAAUAGUGCAGAACUAUUUUGA